AUGGCGGAAAUUUAUUUGACAGCCGCUAAGAUUGUUGAGAAAAUUUUGCUGAAAAAAGGGACUCCGAAAUCAUUGGUUAUUGAAAAUAGUAGUAUAAAGAAUAAGAAGAAACUAUACGCCUUAGUUUGUGAGGCAAUUAAAUAUAAAUCUGUGUCGGAUAAACUAUUGGAAGCAACAAAACUUCUAUCAAUGGAAAAACAGUUAAAAUACUCCAUGGCGCUGGUUCUUGUAUACGAUUUUCUGUUCGGUCGAGGUCUUCAAGUUGGUGGCCAAUUAAAACAGGUUAUAAACAGGAAUAAAACUAGUUUACAAGCUGCUCUCGCUAGAAUGAAGGUCAAAGCGAAGGUUGUAAACAAUGAAGAACUGUUACCGAAGAAUGUCCAACAACAGCAAGAAAUGCAGAUUCCGCGUUAUGUUCGAGUAAAUACUAUCAAAACCUCAAUCGAUGAUGUCGUUACAUGGUUUUCUCAAAAUGGUUUCAGUUUUGCAGGAAGUAACAAAGACGAAUUUGAUUCAGCUCAGAUGGCAAAACAGAGUUUUUCAGUUGAUGAACAUAUUUCCAAUCUCUUGGUAUUCCCGUCCGGAACGGAUCUACACAACAAUGAUCUUUAUAAAGAAGGCAAGAUUAUUUUACAAGACAAAGCAAGUUGUUUUCCAGCGUUUGUGCUCAGUCCACCAGCAGGGAGUCUCGUUAUCGACGCUUGUGCCGCGCCAGGGAAUAAAACAAGCCAUUUGGCCGCUAUCAUGGGUAACAAAGGCAAGAUUUUCGCGUUUGAUAUUUCUGAUAAAAGAAUUUCAACAAUGAAAAAAUUACUUGAACGAACUGGUGAAAAUAUUGUCGAGACAAAACACGAAGACUUUUUAAAGGUAGACCCGAAUGAUCUUGCGUACACGAAUGCCCAAUAUAUCCUCGUAGAUCCUUCAUGUUCUGGCUCUGGUAUGAUAAACCGACUGGAUUAUGCGACUUGCAGUAGUGACAAUAUGGAUGCGGAGGAAAAGAAAAGAAUCUAUUCACUGGGACAGUUUCAAGUGAAAGUCUUAAGUCAUGCUCUGAGUUUCCCUAAUGUAAUGAAAGUUGUAUAUUCAACAUGUUCACUUCAUAACAUGGAAAAUGAAGAAGUGGUCAAGUCCGUUAUCGAAAAAUUUCACGAGAAGUUUGAAUUGAAGAUGGCCUUGCCUGGUUGGCAACACAGAGGACGUUCCCUGUUUCCUGAAGCAUCAAGAUGUGUCCGGGCCUCUCCUACAGAAGGACAUACGAGUGGGUUCUUUCUUGCUCUGUUUCAAGCAAGAAAUGCAAAAGAAAAUUUUAAAAGAAUGGAGAUGCAAAAGGAGAUUGAAAGCGACGAAAUGAAGAUAAGUUUCCAAAAGAAAAAUGAAACUGUCCAAGCCAUGGAGCAAAUAAACGAUUAUUGUAAAAGAAACGAGCGAAGGAGGCGAAUUAAACGAAAACCUUCAGGCACCAUCAUUGCUGAGAAACUUUCAGGAGAAAAAGAACUGAAUGGUGAAAUAGAUACGAACAGUACAGCAAACGCAACAAAACGAAGACGUGUUUGUACGACAAAAAAUAUUGCAAAAAUAGGCCAAGAAAUAGUAGAAAAGAAACAAACAAAUAUGAAAUAUAAAUAUCGAAGAACACGUGUUAAAACGACGGGCAUAAACAGAAAAUGUUCCGACAAAGAAUUCGAAAAAAGAAUGAAGACACUAAUUCAAAGAAGGCGAAAAAAGUGCAGCAAAGGACAUUAAGAAUAGUGACUUUUAGGUUGUAGUGAUAAUUGUAGUAGUGGCUACACUGAAUUGUCGUAAAUCACGAAAUAUCAAACUUAAGAGAAUAGAGGUGUACUACAAUAAAAGGACGAAAGAAAAGACUUCAGCAAGUUUCGCUAAAUUUGAACGUAUAGUCAAACGGGCAGGUUAAUGGAGUCAUUGGAAAAUCUCAGGCAGACUAUGUGCUAUGCCUAUUUAUUAACAUUCGUACCAACUCUUUUAUAUUUAAUGUACACAGUAUAUAUAGU